AUGCUCAUGUCAUUAGCAUUUUUGCCUCCAGAUAAUCGAACAUGGAUCGGUGAACUUCGACGUAAUGGUAAUAAUCGUAAGAAGCCAUUAUUCUCAAUAACCACGUGGAAUUACUAUCAAGUAGUCAUUGAAGAUGAUUUGCGUUCGAACAACGGUGUUGAGGGUUGGCACCAUUCGUUUAAUAAAAAAGUCGGCGUCAAUCAUGAAAUUUUCAGUGCGUUGAUUCGUGUAAUAAAAGCUGAACAGGUUAUUACGGAAACAAAUAUAUUACAAAUUAAUACUGGAGCAAAUGUCAUCACAAAACGUCGUAAAAUAUAUGCUGAUAAAGAUGAACGGCUGAAAAAAAUGGUUGAACAAUCCAACAAUGAUGACCAUACACAACAAGACGCUUCCCGUUCAGCAGAUCUUCAGGAUCCUGACAUUGCAGCUCAUCUACCUGAAAUAUAA